AGAGCUCGCGAAAUCAAGCGCUUUACAGAUCAUUUUAUUUUGUAUAGAGAACACGUAGCGACUCUGAAGAUCAGCCCCAAUGAACAUGUCAGUGUUGACUUUACAAGAAUAUGAAUUCGAAAAGCAGUUCAACGAGAAUGAAGCCAUUCAAUGGAUGCAGGAAAACUGGAAGAAGUCUUUCCUGUUUUCUGCUCUGUAUGCUGCCUUUAUAUUUGGUGGUCGGCACCUGAUGAAUAAGCGGGCGAAGUUUGAACUGAGGAAGCCAUUAGUGCUCUGGUCUCUGACCCUUGCAGUCUUCAGUAUAUUCGGUGCUCUUCGAACUGGUGCUUAUAUGGUGUACAUUUUGAUGACCAAAGGCCUGAAGCAGUCAGUUUGUGACCAGAGUUUUUACAAUGGACCUGUCAGCAAAUUCUGGGCUUAUGCAUUUGUGCUAAGCAAAGCACCCGAACUAGGAGAUACAAUAUUCAUUAUUCUGAGGAAGCAGAAGCUGAUCUUCCUGCACUGGUACCACCACAUCACUGUGCUCCUGUACUCAUGGUACUCCUACAAAGACAUGGUGGCUGGGGGUGGUUGGUUCAUGACUAUGAACUACGGUGUGCAUGCCGUCAUGUACUCUUACUAUGUCUUACGGGCAGCAGGUUUCCGAGUCUCCCGGAAGUUUGCCAUGUUCAUCACCUUAUCCCAGAUCACUCAGAUGCUGAUGGGCUGUGUCGUUAACUACCUGGUCUUCUACUGGAUGCAGCAUGACCAGUGUCACUCUCACUUUCAGAACAUCUUCUGGUCCUCACUCAUGUACCUCAGCUACCUUGUGCUCUUCUGCCAUUUCUUCUUUGAGGCCUACAUCAGCAAAAUUAGGAAAACAAUGAAGGCUGAAUAGUGCUGGAACUGAGGAGGAAGCCGUAGCUCAGGGUCAUCAAGAAAAACAACAGACAAAAGAAAAUGGCACAAGGAAUCACAUAUGGUGCAGCUACAACAAAAUAAACAAAACAUACGAGCAAACACAAAACCCAAGGCAGCUUAGGGAUAAUUAGGUUGAUGUAACCCAGUAAGUUUAUGAUCCUUUUUGGGUGAGGACUCACUGAGUGACCUCCAUCUCAAAGCACUGCUGCUGGAAGACCCCAUUCCCUCUUUAUCUGUCAACUCUAGACAUCUGAGAGCAAAAGUGAGCCAGAGGCAGAGAGAGAGAAAGAGAAGGUAAACAAAGGCUGUUAACACUACAUAAAAAAUGUAUCUACUAAGUGUUAUAUUUCUCUAAGGAUGAGAGAAUUUUACUUUAAAAACUGCGAGCACACACACAAUCCUUUCUAAUCUUUUUGACACUAAACUGGAGCCAAUAGAAAAGAUAAGGGAAGAGACAGGGUCUAUAUGUAGGACAAUAAUGCUUUUGAGAUGUUAGAACCUUUUAAAGAAAACUUAGCUGUUGUAGCCCCCAUGAGAAAAGAUGUAUUUAUCAUUCCUUAUGAAAACAGAUGUAAACAACUAUAUUUCAACUAAAAAAAGAAAAGACGGAUACUUUCCCCUUCACAGCAUAGUGCCAGGCUAGUGAGUUUGCCAAAACCAAGUGGGGCGUGAUACUUUCCCAAGGUUCUUUCUGGCAGGAUGGAAACAACCCAGCCCAGGCCCCAGAGGCGCAGCCCCAUCCCGGGGCGUGUCUGAUGGUUGACCUGUAAUUUCUACUCUUCAGUGAGAUAUGAAACAUUAUGCUUUGUUCAGUUGUACCAGGCUUUUGAACAGAAGAGUAAAUACAGAGUCAAAAAGAUAAAAACUCAACCAGACGAUCUCAAAGUGGAUUCUGUACUACCUGUACAGGUGAGCGGAAGAGGAGUUCAGACAAUGUGUGCGCCCCUCCGUAUUUGACUUCACACAUACUCAUAACUUUCCCCAUGAAAUCCUGUGGUACAGUCCGUCAUUUUCUAUAUUUUUAUGAAUUUCAAAAAAGAAAUCUGCCAGGGCUCUUCCUGAUGUUGGGUGAACACUGUGUUUCUGCAUUAUUUGCAUUUGCUCCCCAAGCAAUGUAGAGAUGUUUAAAGUGCCCUCUGCUGGCCGAGUGGAGAUACUUCGACAAACACACUUAACAGCAAGUUUGGCUGAAAAUAGCUGAGAACAAAGGACCCCCUAUAGACUUAUCCCUCAAAUUUUAAAUGAUAGAAAGUAUUCAUCAUAUUUUUUGGCCAAAUCAGAAGACAUCAUUUUUGCUUCAAAUCAGCUUAAGAAAUUUUUUAAAAGGGACUUUCGCUCUGGAACUCAGAAAAUCAAUUUAUUAAGAGCCAUAUUCUUUAAAAAAAAAAAAAAAAAAAAACCUAGAUAAUAUUAUCUGUAAUAUUUCAGUCCUUUACAAGCCAAAUAAAUGUGUCAACGUUCCUAGUAUUUCAAAGAAACAAUUAUGUAAAGUUGUUCAAUGUGAUAUAAUAGUAUUCCAAUUGGUUAAGUAGCUUAAUGAUUACGCUAACUAGAUGAAAAUAUUAGGGGUUACUACACUGUGUAGAUUAUACACACAUAACCAUGCAUAUAUGCACACAGAUGCGGGGUACACAACUUCAAAGCCCAAAUGAAUAGAAACACAUUUUCUAGCUAGCAGAAAAAGAUACUGUCGUUUAUCUUGCUUUAUUUGAGAGUGUACAGUAAAAGGGAUUUUUCAAAUUAUUUUUAUAUUAUUUUAGCUUUAAUUGUCCUGUCAUUCAUGAAACAGCUGCUCUGCUUUUCUGUCAGAGAUGGCAAGGGCUUUUUUGGCAUCCUGUUCAUGUGUGGAAUUUUAAAAGAAUAAAGUUUUAUUCCAUUCUGCGUGAAUGGUUUGAAGAAUGAACAAAGAAUCCAUGCAAACCCAGUCAUGACUGAAAGAACUGGGGAGCGGGGCUGUUACAGCUGUGUUAAAUUGAUGUGAACCGUCUAUGAUGUCUUGACAUUUGUUCCUAGAGAAGACACAACUGAUGGAGGAAUGUAUUAUUACUAGGUCAAAAACUGACAUGAGCUGAAAAGAUAGGUCCUGCUGUAGCAACUAUAGAUUCUUAGGAACCUAUUAAUAACGUUUUUUUGAGUCUGCAAAUCCAUGAUACUGUGCAAUAUGCCUUUUUUCAUAUAACAGAAAAUGAGCAGAAUAAUUAAAAUGAGGAAAAUGCCACAUAACAGUUGACUUGAGUUUAAUGGAAGGACCAGUUAGAGGCUCAUCUGGGUGAUUUAAUUUAAUUAUUUAAUUCAGUGAUUUAUCGUAGAUCCUUUAAUGCAGGUUAGAAUAAGGAAAUGAGCAUAUACCUUAAGACUCUAAAUGAUUGCUUCUAAAGCACUUUCAUGUUGGUAUUAGGUUCGUGCUUGUGUUCACUUGUUAUGUAAUUUAGAAUUUUUGUUUACAGGUCAAAUGUCUAAUAGUUUUUAAAUUAGUUAAAUAUAUCUAAAGGCAUUUCCGACGUUAUAUCAUGGGAGGAAAAAAGCCACACAUUUUUUAAAAAAUGAAAUUCCGUUAUUACAGGUUCAGUAUAUUGUUUCUAAUAUCUCAGCUUAGCUGCUUUAAUUAUAUAAAGAUACGAGGCUGGAUUACUGGCCCAUGACAAAUCUGAAACCUACCAGAGAAUUGACUGCCACAUAGAUAAUCCUGCUAUCAGUUAACAUUCCAGAAAAAGUUGGGCAGGCAACUUUUUAUAGCUGCCCCACUAUGCUGCAAUAGAUUAUCUUCCUAUUGAAGAUUUUCCAUGGCAUUCCAAUUCCAGUAUGGUGAAAACAUCAUUCCUGCAUUGAGAAAAAGUCCUUGAUUUCAUACACACACACACACAUUUUUGUACAUUUGGUCUGAGCAUCAGCUCGAGUCCAUGAGUUUGCAAUGAAAUUCUAGUGAGAACUACUUUAUUUAUAGACCAAGGGAGUUUUAAUUGAACCUUCUCAUUUUGCUUAUGAGAAAAGAGCAACUACUAUAUUAUUUAUAUCCAAUGCCAAGCCAAAGUACCAAAUUAAAAUCAUGGAUUGAGAUUUGUUAUUCCAGGAAAUUUACUCUCAUCCUUCUAAUCAUACUCCACUACAAAAUUUAGGCAGCAAGGUAGAAUACAUACAUAAAUGUUGCUUGAGGGAAAGGAAGGGUUGAUUAUAUCCCCCUCACUUCUCCAUCUCUCUUUACUUAUGUAAAGAGACUGAUUAGUCCAGAGAUUCAUGUAUCUGGACUGAGUCAGAGACUUCACUGGAAUAGAUUUUUGUAGAAUUAAACAGAAAGACAGUAGAAACCUAGAAGAACCCACAGAAUUUUUUAAAAAAUCACCUAUAGUAUCUUCAUGAUAAAACCUGUCACAGAGUAACAAAGCAUCUGGAGUCAAUUACACUGGAGUAGAAUAUUCUGGAAGUCUGGUCAUAUUCCCAGACUCUUGAAUUACCUGGGAGAGACAGCAUGCUCAAGUUCCUAUCUUUUAUUCCGAUAGAGCAGCCUCUGUUCAGAGACUAUGUCUGUGUCACACAAUUGAGUCAGCGACAGUACAUUUAGAGGGCUUUUUUCCAGUUUGGUUAAGGAUUUUUUAACAGAGUUGUUGUAUUGGUCAAGUGCUGAUUCAAGAGAGCAGUUGAGAGUGGAAAAGACCAAAUAGACUUUGCCUCCCAGAGUUCAGACCUUUGAAUUGUAUUGGCAUGGUCCACGUCCGUCUCUUUUAGACACUUCUCUGAAAAAGUUUCCAUCCCGAAAAGUAACACUGUGUGAGAAUUGUGUGAUGAAAGUCCAGAACUUUCCAGUAGUCAAAUGUAGUAUCUUUUUUUCCAGUCUUUUUGUUUUCAGUAAUAAAUGUUUUGCUAACAAUUUGGGAUGAUA